UGAUGCACAUGAUCAAACAGGACCAGAGUAAAGUGCGUAACAUGGACCUUCUGUGGCGAUACUACGAGAAGAACAGAAGCUUUGGCAAAGCGGCACACGUUCUGGCGCGGCUAGCAGACAUGCACAGCACGGAGAUCUCUCUGAAGCAGCGUCUAGAGUACAUCUCCAGAGCCAUCCUCUCUGCCAAGAGCUCGUCCUGUGUCUCUUCACUGCGAGCCGACGGAGAGUUUCUGCAUGAACUGGAGGAAAAGAUGGAGGUACUGAGAGAAAAACAGCUGAAGACCUUUAGUGGAGAGCUGCACAAUUU